CGUAUACGACGUAGACGCAAAGGCUUCAUCGCGCAUGACAUGGUCAAGGAGAGAACCUCUGCAAACGUUCGACCUGAUUCUGGCCAUAUUGUCAUCGCGACGUCAACUGUGGCCACUUCAUCAGGUUUACUGGGCGCCCUCUUUAUUAUGAGCUUCUUUCAGACUCGGGUACAUUACUUACGGCAGCCGAACAGGUGCUCGUCCCACCCUAGUGUCCACUCUCAACGUCUACAAUUCACCGAUCUUCUGGCGCGCUCCCAAGCCUCGGAACUGCAGAGCAGUAUCGACACCCUUACUCGUCGUACCGAACACGACCUCAUCACAAAGCUCCCUUCAAAUGCUAGCAUUUGGAGUUGGCAGGGGAAGAUUGUCCAUAGAUUGGAGAUGUCAGCCAUUCCGGCUGCCUCCGACAUCGAUGGGCAUAGCGUCCCUUUCUCGGUGCUGACACGACCAUGUCCGCAGCUCGGCUGACAUACUGUCUUCUCACCGGACGCUGCUACCUCUGCCACAUAUUCCUUCGCUUACGAACUCCGCCUUGUUGUCUGCAUGUCGCUUACCAUCCGACGGCUCUCGGUUUGCUUGUUAACGUCUACACACCUAUGCCCACCUUCUCAGUAGUCUUCUCUCUUUGUGGACUCUGGAGCAAGGAUACAGACUGCUUGGCGCUGGAAACUCUGGAGCCUACAGCAGUUCAGGUUGACCGACCGAAAUUACGGCUUGCCGCGGGCAUGAUUGCGUGUAGAUAUCCC